CCCAAUCAAUUCUUCAAGGUUACUUCCCGCUUUCUUUUUUUUUUUUUUUUUUUUUUUUUUUACAUGUAGAAGAGAGAGCUUUAGAUUGAUACUGGUUCCCUUGGCCUCCUUGUUUCCACUCAUUGAAAAGUGGAUGCCUAUACUCCUCGAGAUUUUCUUCUUCCACAAAAUCCAUAGCCUACAUAGUGCAUUCACUCACUCGUUAAUUUAAAGAAUGACAGGUACUGAUGAUCACAUCAAAAUAUAGUUCCAGGAGGGGGCUAUGUUUCUGGGAAUGGAGGUUCUGUUGUAGGUUCAGCCCCAUACUUAAGUAUGCAAUCUGAAAUGGAGGCCCAAAUACAUAAACUUGAACAAGAAGCUUACUGUGAUGUCCUGCGUGCUUUUAAAGCUCAGUCUGAUGCCAUUACAUGGGAGAAGGAAGGUUUAAUAACAGAGCUUAGGAAAGAGCUACGAGUGUCAGACGAUGAACACAGAGAACUUUUGAGCAAGGUCAAUGCUGAUGAUAUAAUUCGAAGGAUAAGGAAUUGGAGACGGUCAGGUGGCAACCAAGCGGCCAGGCUAAAUGCUACUCAACCUGUUCAUGAUCUUCGACCCAGUCCUGGUGUUUCAGCAUCCCGCAAGAAACAGAAGACUUCACAUUCGAUUCAGUCAUUACCGGGCUUAUCCUCAGCAAAGUCCAUGCGUUACCCUUCAGGAGUUGCUGCCGGAAAUAGGCAGUUCAAUAAGCAUGGUUCCCUUUCAGCAAAUGAACCUGCGGAUGCAGCUACCAUUCGCCCACUGGUUGGAAGGAAAGUGUGGACAAGAUGGCCUGAAGACAACAACUUCUAUGAGGCUGUCAUUACUGAUUACAACCAUGCUGAUGGCUGGCAUGCUCUGGUCUAUGAUAUAAAUAGUCCAAAUGAAACCUGGGAAUGGGUUGAUCUCAAAGAGAUCCCGCCAGAGGACAUACAAUGGGAUGGUGAGGUUCCAAGCAUAUCUUAUCGAGGCCAUGGAGUUAAGAAACAAUCCAGUCAUUUUGCUCCUGCUCUUGGUGCUGGAAGAAGCAAGGAUGUGCAAAAGAAUAUAUGCCAUCACAGUAUGGAGUUCCUAAGAAGGCUUCUGAGGAUAUUGAAUUACAUGACACACAGACACUAGUGAAGGAGGUAUUUAUUGGAGGGCUUGAACAGAUUUGUAAUAUUCCCAUUUAGCUAGUUCAUAAAUCCAAGAUCAGUUAUCUAUAUCUUUUUUUAACGGAUGGAGAAGGUUUUUGAUGCAUGCCAUCUGGAUCCACUUGAGCUUGAGAAGGCAAGGAAGAAAUUGAAAGUAAGACU